AUGAGUUUAAAUCCAAUUCAAGAAGCUUCCGAGUCUACUCGAUCGACUCCAACGAAUAAUUCUUUAAGCACUUCUUCUUCUUCUGCUUCUUCGCUUUCACAAAUCCACCAAGCUCCUAUAAGUACAAGUUUACCGUCUGUUUCUUCCAUUUAUAACGGACCAAAUGUACAAGCCUCGAAUUCCGCUAAUAGUUCUAGUAUGUCUAUGUCCACAGAAGGACAAGGUGGUACUUGGUCUUCAAUGGCAACAUUUCAACAAAAUCAAACUAGUCAAAUUCCACAAACCAACCAACUUUAUUCUAAUUACAGGACAUCCCCCUCUUUUUCUAAUCGUAGUGGUUUUACUUCCUCAAGUUCUUCGUCAUUGAUGACACAAAAUUCUCAAUCAUCAUUGAAUCCAUCACAUUUUCCACUUAUGGAACGAUCUAAUUCCGCUUCAACAAUUAAUUCUUAUUUUUCUCCUUUUCACGAAAAAUCUCUUUCUACAGGUUCUAUACAAGUUAAUCUAAGUCCGUCUGUAUUAUCUCAAACAACUUAUACACCAUCAAUAAUUUCAACAACGCAUAGUAAAUUGUAUGAUUCUGUGAACACUAAGGACCUUGAAAGAAUAGAACAACUUGGGCCACAUGAUACUUGGGGUUCCUUAGUCGUCAAAGUUUUGCCACUGUUCAACGGCGAAGGAUUGAAAUUAUGUAUUGAAGAUUUAAAUGAUCUGGUAAGACGUUACAUGAACGAUCGACCAUUACAUUUGCUUUAUGAUGAUAUAAAUGAACUUUUAGAGUUAGGAAUGUUUACACUUAACGGAAAGCUACGUGGAGUCCCUGAUGAAAAACUUGUUUCUCGUUUAGUUGAAUUAUGGUCCUUUUUCUUUGGCACUGUUAUACCUUAUUUUGAAGGCGUUUUUCUUCCAUUAUUAAUACAAUCUUCGGUACAAAAAGAGAAUAUGAAUAUUAGACGUUUAGUACUGAUGAGUUUUAGAGAUCAUGUAAUUUUACCUAUGGGUGAUCGAGUGGAAGAUGCAUUUAAUAAGUUAUUCCAUGAUUUCGAUUCAGGAAUUCCGGUUACAGAUACUGCAGCUCGUAUGCUGCAAAUGUCUUAUAUUUUAUCUUCCGUUCUUUCUGACGAUGAUAAACAAAGAGAUAUGGAUCGAAUAUUAGGAAAAUUAAAAAAUAAUUGGAAAUUAUUCAUGAGACGCAGAGACCGUAGAGGAUUUGUAGGCAUGUCUCCUUCUAAUUCGAAUACUAAUAAUAAUGCAGCACAAUUGACAACAGUCGAAACUGCAGAAGAAGAAAAAUUAACUUUUCCUGUAGAUUCGAAUGAAACGGAAAUUAGCAGCACAGUCACAACUCCAACAACGGCAGCUAAUCCUAUUGAUGGAGUUUCUGCUACUACUAGUCCUGCUUAUUGA